AUGGGGCGUGUGUCUAUUCACGUCCUUCUUGCAGGCUUCGUCGGGUAUGUCUUUGCUGGCAUCCACCAUCCUGCACAUGGACAUCGCCAUCACCCUCGGCGCUUGAUGCCGCCUGUUGAAGACUUGGAGCGGCGAAACAUGGCUUGGGAGAAUGUGAAUACCAGUCUAGAUGAUUUUGUGGUGGAAUCUAUUACCAUCACGACCACGACCACCGUUUUUGGAAACUGCGCGCCAACCAACACGAUUCACAGCACUCUCACACUUGUCAGAAACAGGCCCGAGGCUGCAUCAUAUAUGACUGAUCAUCCUGUGCAUGGCCUCGCGCGCCCAGAGGCAUACGAGGAGCAUUGGCAUCAAGGCGAACCGAAGCCUGAGCCUGUUCUCCCUGCUCCGACAAACACCAGAUCCGCUCAACUUCAAUUCACUCAGCCAAAUACCCCGGCUCCCAGGCCAACAGAGCCAGAGGAGACCACUACCAUCUUCAAGACACACACAAUCACCAAAACAGCAACGAAUACCGUAAAGGUCACCGUCUACCCAGGAGCCAGCCCUUCCCCACUUAGAGAUACACUGCCCGACAAUCCUUCAAAGGCAGAAAAAGCAACGCUCCUUGCAGAAACAUUACCAAAGGGCUCGUUAGAAGAAGAGAAAGCCGUCCCCGCCAAGCGACCAUCUCCACCAUCACACAAAAACAACGGACCCAUCAACGCGGUUUUAGAUCUGCCAAGUGAAAUCCUCCCCGGUGUCCCAGUGGUGAACCAGAUCCUCCCGGGCCCAAAGCCAGACAAUCCGACUGCAGUGAACUGGACCGCAACCCCACCCAACGGUCAAUUUUCAACAAACGGAUUCGGGGGACGUACUCUCCCAAAAGGCGAAGGAACCGAGAUCCUUUACCAGGGGAAUGUUGGCAACCCCUGGGGAAGCAACAUCAUCAAUGUCAGUCCGACCGAGGCACACGCCUACAAAUACGUGGCGCAGUUCACGGGUCCAAACGACGAGCCCUGGACAGUGGUUGUGUGGAACAAGGUCGGGCCUGACGGUAAGCUGACCGGAUGGUAUGGCCACUCUGCUCUGACAUUUACUAUUGCGCCCGGUGAGACUCGCUAUGUUGCAUUUGACGAGGACUCUGAGGGCGCCUGGGGUGCUGCGCCUGGUGAUCAUCUACCCACGGAUCAAUGGGGUGGAUACUCAUGUACCUGGGGCGAGUUUGGGUUUGGCGACGGGGAGAAUAAUGGCUGGUCGGGAUGGGAUGUUUCGGCUAUUCAGGCGCAGAUUUCGAAUCAACCUGUGCAUGGCAUGUCCAUCUGUCAGGCUAAUGGGAAGGGAUGCUCGAUUAUCACGCCCGAUGCUAAGAAGGUUGUUGAUGCUUAUGUCCAGUCGAAAAAGCACCUGGAUGGUAUUGGUGGUGCAGCGUCCCCUGGUCCUGUGCGGCUGAAAGUGCUGCUUGAUUAUCGGGGGUGA